AUGGCCGUGGUGCUGGCCGACGCGGGCUGGGACCUGGACGCCGCGGUGGUGCGCCUGCUGAAAAUCUCGCAGGCCGGGGGCGUGGAACCGGGGCCGGCGGCGAUCGACGGUCCGGGGAUCGCGCUGCUGCGGGUCAAAUUUCCUGACGUGGACGAGGAGGUUGUUGAGCGGAUGGUGGCACUUGCCGACGGGGACGUCGGCCUAGCCGAGGCGUGGCUGGGCGAGCACUUCGCCAGCCCCGCGGCGCGGCCCACGGGAGCAUCUGAGACGGAGGAGAUCGAGUGGAAGGUGCAGCAGCUGAGGGAGGACUUCGGCGAUUUGAGCGAGGAGGAGGCGCGCCGCGCGCUGGUCGUCGGGGCGGGCGGGGAUUACUCUCGGGCGCGCGCGAUGCUGGUCGAGCGCCGAGCGGCUAGUGGCGCGGACGGGGGGAGGGCUUCGGGGGGGAUCGCACAGGGGGAGGUGGUGCCCAAGUGGCGGGUCGACGGGGCCCCCCCGGACAACACGUGGAAGGCGCGUGUGCUGCGGAAGGAGUUCGGCUACGCUCCGGCGCCGGAGGAGCUGGUGGGCAUCCUGGAGAGGGUGGGCGGUGACCUGGACGCCGCGAGGGCCGCGCUGGAGGAGGAGUAUCCCAAAGUGGGGGCCAGGGGAGGCCUGGUGCCGCCGGGCAGCAGGGAAGGGGAGGGCGGCAAGAUUUUUUGCAAAGAAAAACGGGUGAUGCAGGGGGAGUGGGGACGGCGGGGGGCCCCGUCGCAGGUCGACCGGCAGAGGUACUUCGAGCAGAGGGGGCGGGAGGGCGGGGCCCGGGCGGGGUCGCCCUCCAAGCAGAUGCCCCAGGAAGAGUUCCAGGACAUGUACGACCAAGAGCGCAGGCCGGCGCAGGAGCUGCGGGACAAGAUGUCGAUGUGCAUGAGGGAGUCCCGCGCGGCGUAUAAGCGAGGGGACAAGGACAGGGCUAGCGAGUUGUCGCAGAAGGGAAAACAGUAUAAGCAAAUGGAGGAGAAAGAACAACAAAGAGCCUCAGAUGUCAUUUUCCGGAGAAGAAAUGAAACAAUUGUUAAUGAAUUUAAAGUGGAUCUGCAUGGCAUGCACGUCGAAGAAGCGCGGAAAAGAGUGGAUUGGGUGUUGACAAAGAUGAAGGAUAUGCUUGAUGAGUUCCCCUGUAAGUACCCGGGCCACAUGUCAUUGCCUCAUGCUGCUGGGCGGCAGCACUGUAAAAAGGCGCUGGAUGCAAGAGUGAAUUAA